ACAGACGGGUCUGGUUCAUUCAGACAGAAGGGACUCAGGUCUACGAUUUGCUGUCCUUUUUUUUUACAGAAGUGGGAUCAUACUUGUCUAGCAUUUGCUUCGCAACGCCAAGCGCUUUCCUCCCCACCCGACCAUGAAGCUUCUGUCCCUGAUUCUCGUUGUUGUCCCGGCUUGUGUCCUGGGUCAGUCCGCCUGUGACCGACUGAGUAUGGUCAGCAGGGCCGGCUGGGGCGCACUCCCUCCCAGGAAAACCACUUCACUCAGCCACCCGACCCCAAAGGUUGUGAUCCACCACAGUGACAGGUAUUUGAGGCAUCUGUUCAACUGGGGAGGGUACAGCGACCAGGAAGAGUACAUGGACAGGGUGAGGGAAAUCCAAACCAGCCAUAUGAACGACAGGGACCCGCCAUAUGACGACAUUGGUUACAACUUCCUUAUCGACGGGUACGGUAACGUGUACGUGGGGCGUGGAUGGGACAACAAAGGCUCACACACGCCCUGUUGUAACUCCAUCGCCAUCGGCAUCAACUUCCUCGGGUACUUCGAAGAUGACCUCCCGACUAGUGCAGCUCUGGAGGCCGGGAAAAACCUGAUCGCCUGCGGGGUGGCGAUGGGGAAGAUCAGGAGGGGAUACGUCCUGAACUGUCACUCCGAUCUCGGGUCCAGCAGUGGGGACACAGACUGUCCUGGGGCAGCUCUCUGCCGCUACGCUAAGGGACACUUCGCUGGCCUGUAGAUUUUAUGGUAUAGUUUGUGGCCACAUGUGCACGUACUACAUGUUUACGAUUGUGUCUUCCCAUGUAGUUAAGUUGCUAGGAAAUCUUUUUGUGUGUUUGUGUCGUUAACAUAGCAGUUGUGUGCUUCUAUGCUUAGGGACACUUCGCUGGUCUGUAGAAUUAAUACAACAGUUUGUGGCAACAAGUCAAACGUAUCUUACGAUAUUGUCUCAAGUUCCCUAAAGUUGCAAGAUAGAUUUUUUUGUAUGUGGUCAACAUACUUCUUCACGUCAGCUUGGUGAUUAAAACAUUAACAAGAAUGAAAACAAUCUGACUCC